CAUCCGCCCAUUACUGGUCAAAAAGUUUUUUUUAAUUAUACCAUUUUCAAAAAUAUAUAUUUUUUUAAAUUACACUUUGUAAACCGCAUUGUCUUUAAUCACCAAGGGUGGCCAUGUGAUCUUUGCAAAUCAGCUAGUAUCAGUGGGAAUACGUGACAUAACCUCGACCCUUCGACUAAAACUUUACAAUGUUGAUAACUUUUAAGUUAUUCCCAGCCCAAAUUAAAUAUAUGAAACCUAGCAAAUCUACACAGAAUAAUUGCUGCAAAAAUUUUUAUUAGAAAGGUUAUGUGUUGAAAUGAACAGUUAUGUGGACUACUUUCUGCACUUUUCAACAGUGCAGGUUGAGGGUGCAAAAUGAACAUAGCGCAGCUGUUAUUCUGUUUCAUGACCAUUAAUAUUAUUAUUUAUGGUAGCAUAAUUAACCUUUACGAGCACAAAAUUCCCAAAUUUUUCAGUAGAGUGUUUAGAUAUGGAAAACACGCGGCGAAAGGGGGUGACUCAAAACUCAUCAUUGAGGUACCUAAAUCAUGGUUUAGACAUUUCUACGUUAUUGCGGUACCUCUUUGUACAUAUGUGGACUACUUACUGGUUGCUGUAUAUGUUUUUGGAACCAGAGUUCCGGAAUGGCUGAAUACAUUUUUGAACCUGUUUUGUGGAGAUGCUCGGAUAGCCUACACCUCUCCAAGCAAAGUUUUGUUGGCAAGUUUCUUGUUUACUUUACAAAUUUAUAGAAGAUUUUAUGAUACCCAUUACGUUUCGGUAUUUGGUAAGGAGAGUAAGUUAAAUCUGACCCAAUACAUUGUCGGUCUUUGUCAUUAUCCAGGAACUGUAAUAGCGAUACUCAGCGAAUCACCUUUGUUUGCUAAAACACCAAAUUUUGUAUCAUUUUGGGCUUUCACUUAUUGGGAUAUCUUCGCGACAGUGCUUUUUAUUUGGGCAUGGUGGCGUCAGUAUGUUUGUACGGAAAUUCUGGCAAACCUUCGAAAAAAUAAAAAAGGGGUUGUGGUUAGUGACCGUCACAGGCUUCCAGAAGAUGACUUAUUUAAAUAUUUGUCUGCACCUCAUCAAACCGCAGAAAUCUUAAUGUAUUUGGCACUGUCAAUUAUUCUCUGGAAAAAUACAACCUUUUAUUUUGUUUUUGCAUGGGUUUUGAGCAAUCAAGUUGAAACAAUUUUGCUUAGUCAUUGGUGGUACCAAGAGACAUUCGACAACUACCCAAGAAAUAGAAAGGCUUUGGUCCCAUUUAUUUAUUAACAUUUACUUAUGCCGGUGUUCCUAAAGUCUUGCCAAAAAACUGCUUUUCACACACUUUAUUUAUUAUGUUAUAAUUUAAUAACUUAUUGUUACAACAGACAAUAAACAAUGUUAAUUAAAAAUAAAUUACCUACAAUUUUUAAAUAA